AUCAGAAUAUGGAGGUACUUAUGGCAGAACGGGCCGGUCUGGUCUUUCACAAUAAAGUGAUAGAUGGAACUGCCAUUAAACGACUUAUUAGUAGAUUAAUAGAUCAUUUCGGAAUGGCAUAUACAUCCCACAUCCUGGAUCAAGUAAAGACUCUGGGGUUCCGGCAAGCGACUGCUACAUCUAUUUCAUUAGGAAUUGAUGAUCUUUUAACAAUACCUUCUAAGGGAUGGCUAGUUCAAGAUGCUGAACAACAAAGUUUGAUUUUGGAAAAACACCAUCAUUAUGGAAAUGUACAUGCGGUCGAAAAAUUACGACAAUCUAUUGAGAUAUGGUAUGCUACAAGUGAAUAUUUGCGACAAGAAAUGAAUCCUAAUUUUCGGAUGACUGAUCCUUUUAAUCCAGUUCAUAUGAUGUCCUUUUCGGGAGCUAGAGGAAAUGCAUCUCAAGUACACCAAUUAGUAGGUAUGAGAGGAUUAAUGUCGGAUCCACAAGGACAAAUGAUUGAUUUACCUAUUCAAAGCAAUUUACGAGAAGGACUGUCUUUAACAGAAUAUAUCAUUUCUUGUUACGGAGCCCGCAAAGGAGUUGUGGAUACUGCUGUACGAACAUCGGAUGCUGGAUAUCUUACACGCAGACUUGUUGAAGUAGUUCAACACAUUGUUGUACGUAGAACAGACUGUGGCAACAUCCGAGGGAUUUCUGUGAGUUCUCGAAAUGGGAUGAUGUCGGAAAGAAUUUUUAUCCAAACAUUGAUUGGCCGUGUAUUAGCGGACGAUAUAUAUAUAGGACCACGGUGCAUUGCCGUUCGAAAUCAAGAUAUUGGUAUUGGACUUGUCAAUCGAUUCAUAACUUUUCAAACACAACCCAUCUCUAUCCGAACUCCCUUUACGUGUAAAAGUACGUCUUGGAUCUGCCGAUUAUGUUAUGGUCGGAGCCCUACUCAUGGCGACCUCGUCGAAUUGGGAGAAGCUGUAGGUAUUAUUGCGGGUCAAUCUAUUGGGGAACCGGGCACUCAACUAACAUUAAGAACUUUUCAUACCGGUGGAGUAUUCACCGGAGGUACUGCCGAACAUGUACGAGCCCCUUCUAAUGGAAAAAUCAAAUUCAAUGAGGAUUUGGCUCAUCCCACACGUACACGUCAUGGGCAUCCCGCUUUUCUAUGUUCUAUAGACUUGGAUGUAAUUAUUGAGAGUGAAGAUAUUAUCCACAACGUGACUAUUCCACCAAAAAGUUUGAUUUUAGUUCAAAACGAUCAAUAUGUAGAAUCAGAACAAGUGAUUGCUGAGAUUCGCGCAAGAACAUCCACUUUUAAUUUUAAAGAGAAGGUUCGAAAACAUAUUUAUUCUGACUCCGAGGGAGAGAUGCACUGGAGUACCGAUGUAUAUCAUGCACCAGAUUUUACGUAUAGUAAUGUGCAUCUUUUACCAAAAACAAGUCAUUUAUGGAUAUUAUCAGGAAGCUCGUACCGAUCCAGUGUAGUCCCUUUUUCAAUCCAUAAAGAUCAAGAUCAAACGAAUGUUUAUUUUCUUUCGGCCGAAGGAAAAAAUAUUUCUAGCCGUUCAGUAAAUACAGUAAAUAAUGAUCAAGGGAAAGGGAAAUUCUUUAGUUCAGAUUUUUCUGGUAAAAAAGAAAGCACUAUUCCUGAUUAUUCAGAAUUUAAUCGAAUUAUAGAUAGGGAUCAUUGGAAUUUAAUAUUCCCCUCUAUUCUCCAUAAAAAUUAUGAUUUAUUUUUAUUGGCAAAGAGGAGAAGAAAUAGAUUCAUCAUUCCAUUCCAAUGGAUUCAAGAACGAGAGAACGAACUAAUGCUCCGUUCCAGUAUUUCGAUUGAAAUACCGAUAAAUGGUGUUUUUCGGAAAAAUAGUAUUCUUGCUUAUUUUGAUGAUCCUCAAUACAGAAGAAAGAGUUCCGGAAUUACUAAAUAUGGGGCUAUAGGUUUGCAUUCAAUCUUCAAAAAAGAGGAUUUAAUUGAGUAUGUAGGAAUCAAAGAACUUAAGCCAAAAUACCAAACGAAAGUAGAUCGAUUUUUUUUCAUUCCCGAGGAAGUGCAUAUUUUACCCGAAUCUUCUUCCAUAAUGGUACGAAACAAUAGUAUUAUUGGAAUAAAUACACAAAUCACUUUAAAUACAAGAAGCCGAGUAGGCGGAUUGGUCCGAGUGGAGAAAAAAAGGAUUGAACUUAAAAUCUUUUCUGGGGAGAUCCAGUUUCCUGUAGAGAUGGAUAAGAUAUUUCGCCACAGUGGCAUCUUGAUACCACCGGGAAGGGUAAAAAAAAUUAAGGAAUCCAAAAAAUUGAAAAAUUGGAUCUAUGUCCAAUGGAUCACACCUACCAAGAAAAAAUAUUUUGUUUUGGUUCGACCCGUAAUCAUAUAUGAAAUAGCGGACGGUAUAAAUUUAGAAACACUUUUUCCACAGGAUUUGUUGCAGGAAAAGGAUAAUCUAGAACUUAGAGUUGUAAAUUAUAUUCUUUAUGGAAAUGGCAAACCCAUUUUGGGAAUUUCUGGAACUAGUAUUCAAUUAGUUCGGACUUGUUUAAUGUUGAACUGGGAUCAAGACAACAAAAGUUCUUCUAGCGAAGAAGCCCACGUUUACUUUGUUGAAGUAAGUACAACUGGUCUGAUUCGCGAUUUCCUAAGAAUCAACUUAGCGAAAUCCAAUAUUUGCUAUAUCAGAAAAAGAAAUGAUCCGUUAGGUUCAGGAUUGAUCUCUGAUAAUAGGUCAGAUUGUACCAAUCCAUUUUAUUCUAUUUAUUCCAAGGAAAAGAUUCAACAAUCACUUAGACAAAAUCAAGGAACUAUUCAUACGUUGUUGAAUAGAAGUAAGGAAUCUCAAUCUUUGAUAAUUUUGUCAUCAUCUAAUUGUUUUCAAAUGAGUCCAUUCAAGGAUGUACAAUAUUCCAAUGGGAUAAAAGAAUCAAUUAAAGUAGAACCUCUAAUUCCAAUUAGGAAUUCGUUAGGCCCUUUAGGAACAUCCUCUCAAAUUGAGAACUUUUAUUACCUUUUAAAAACUCAUAAUCAGAUCUCGGUAACUAAAUAUUUGCAACUUGACAAUUUCACACAGCCUUUUCAAGUACUUCAAUAUUAUUUAAUGGACGAAAACGGGAUAGUUUAUAAUUCCGAUCCAUGCAGUAACACUCGUUUGAAUCCAUUCAACUUGAAUUGGCAUUUUUUUCAUAAUAAUUAUGAUAAUAAUUUAUCAAAAAAAUCCCCAAUAAUUAGCCUUGGGCGGUUUUUUUGUGAAAAUGUAUGUAUAGUCAAACAUGGACCGCACCUAAAAUCGGGUCAAGUUAUAAUUGUUCAAAUCGACUCUGUAGUAAUAAGAUUGGCGAAGCCCUAUUUAGCCACUCCAGGAGCAACUGUUCAUGGCCAUUAUGGAGAAAAACUUUCCGAAGGAGAUACAUUAGUUACAUUUAUAUAUGAAAAAUCGAGAUCUGGUGAUAUAACGCAGGGUCUUCCAAAAGUGGAACAAGUGUUAGAAGUUCGUUCGAUUGAUUCAAUAUCAAUGAACCUAGAAAAGAGAGUUGAGGGUUGGAACGACCUUCUAACAAGAAUUCUUGGAAUUCCUUGGGGGUUCUUGAUUGGUGCUGAGCUAACUAUAGUGCAAAGUCGUAUCUCUUUGGUUAAUAAGAUCCAAAAGGUUUAUCGAUCCCAGGGUGUGCAGAUCCAUAAUAGACAUAUAGAAAUUAUUGUCCGUCAAAUAACAUCAAAAGUGGUGGUUUCAGAAGAUGGAAUGUCUAAUGUUUUUUUACCCGGAGAACUUAUUGGAUUGUUGCGAGCGGAACGAACGGGGCGUGCUUUGGAAGAAGCAAUUUGUUACCGAGCUAUAUUAUUGGGAAUAACGAAAGCAUCUCUAAAUACUCAAAGUUUCAUAUCCGAAGCGAGUUUUCAAGAAACUGCUCGCGUUUUAGCAAAAGCCGCGUUACGCGGUCGUAUCGAUUGGUUGAAAGGUCUGAAAGAAAAUGUUGUUCUAGGGGGGAUGAUACCCGUUGGUACCGGAUUCAAAGGAUUAGUGCACUGUUCAAGGAAGCAUAAUAACAUUCCUUUGGAACCCAAAAAUAAGAAUUUAUUUGAGUGGGAAAUGAGAGAUAUUUUAUUCCACCACAGAGAAUUAUUUUCUUUUUGUAUUUCAAAGAAUGUACAGGAUACAUCAGAACAAUCAUUUAUAGGAUUUAAUGAUUCCUAACAGCAGACUCAUCCUUUUUGUCUAUUUGUGGUUGCAGUCAUUUGAUUUGGUAAUAGUAAUAAGGAGAAUAAUAAAAUAAAGAAAAUAAUGAAUAGAAAGAUUGAAAAAAAAAAAUGAACGGCUUGGAUCGCGUAUCAACGGCCAAUUUCCGUUAGAAGAGAAGGUUCCAUGGGAACUAUUAUUUUUUUUCUAUUUUCAGGGUACCUCAUCUCUUUUUUUUCUUUGAAAAAAAAAAAAAAGAGAAGAAGUGUGGGGAGAAAUGACAAGAAGAUAUUGGAACAUCAAUUUGGAAGAGAUGAUGGAAGCAGGAGUACAUUUUGGUCAUGGUACUAAGAAAUGGAAUCCUAGAAUGGCACCUUAUAUAUCUGCAAAGCGUAAAGGUAUUCAUAUUAUAAAUCUUACUAGAACAGCUCGGUUUUUAUCAGAAGCUUGUGAUUUAGUUUUUGAUGCAGCAAGUAGGGGAAAACAAUUCUUAAUUGUUGGUACCAAAAAUAAAGCAGCUGAUUCAGUAGCCGGGGCAGCAAUAAAGGCUCGGUGUCAUUAUGUUAAUAAAAAAUGGCUUGGUGGUAUGUUAACGAAUUGGUAUACUACAGAAACGAGGCUUCAUAAGUUCAGAGACUUGAGAACGGAACAAAAGACGGGCAGACUCAACCGUCUUCCGAAAAGAGAUGCGGCUGUGUUGAAGAGACAACUAUCUCAUUUGCAAACAUAUUUGGGCGGGAUUAAAUAUAUGACGGGGUUACCUGAUAUUGUAAUAAUUGUUGAUCAGCAAGAAGAAUAUACGGCUCUUCGAGAAUGUAUCACUUUGGGAAUUCCAACGAU